GGCUGUUGAUUAUUGAGCCAUCGGCCUCACCGCUUGGAGGCCUUUUUUUGUGUGUUUUGGCUGUCUCAACAUUUGGUCCAGCUGACCCAAGUGGUAAUUUCCUGCUUCUUUCUCUUCUUUCUUUCUUAAUCGUCACUUCUUCCUCACAUCGUGAAAUAUUGUUCGUCUGUACACAAGAGCCACUACGAGCAAGACAGUCCUUUCUGCGAACCCUUCGUCACAUAUCGUGUCGACGACCACUCGCACUGUCAACUUCACUACCUAUCGACCUCGCCUCAGUACUUCAAUCCCUCUCUCACCGCUUCGACUAUUCUUUACCAUUCUUUACCAAUACCACUCAACCAUUCCUUCGAAACCCCGCGUCCGAUCCCUUACACUUUCUUGCCAAAUCAUCAACUCUCGUAUUCCUCCCGCACCUUGUGGUCGUGUGCCUGGGGGCCGAGGUCACAAUCCCACUGGCGCUCCACGCCCACCGUCGGAUAUAAGCCGAUCAAAAUCUGAAGCGGGUCCAAAACGACAUCAUCGGUGGCCCCUGUCAGCCCGAAUCUCGACCUCAUAAUAUCGCCUGCGUUCUUGUCACAUCCCACCACAUACCCAGACACCACCCUGGUAAUUGACUCUGGGAGGAUUUGACUUUGCUUGCUGCUGACAUCGUAGACCACUUCGGCGGUCAUGAGCUUGUCACAUGGGCACAAUCGAAGACGAAGCUCGUCUAUAGAACGGCGUGACCCUUAUUCCUCCCCCUCUGUUUACUUUGAUGAAGACUCAGUUAGACAUCAAUUACUGGGCAACCGGAACAGAGCUAUCUCAUCGUACAUAAAACCUGCUCGCGAAACCAAUUUCCUCUCUGCUAAAGGCAGCUAUCCCGCACGUCGGACAAGUCACGAUGAACACACUCAACAGCACCAGGAGCUUUUGGUGGACGUGGAGCGCACCUUGAGGGAUCUCCUAGAAAGAGAGGACCACGACAACAACCAGCAGAUCACCAUAGAGGACAAUGGCCCUAAGCAUAUCACUUUGGGCACGCUAGCCUCCGCUGGAUAUCGAUCGACCGACAUUCGAGGCAAUUAUAUGAUCAGCAAUCUUCUCCAAGAAUUGACUCUGGCACAAGAUUUGGGCAAAAAGGUGGUGAAAAUACAUCGAUCCCGUCUCAGUGAAAAUCCUGUGGAUCGUCUUUCACGUCGCAUCCGAGACGAGUUCUGGAACAACUUGACGCGCACGCUCGAUGCUAACACCAUUGAGAAAGCCGGCCGCGAUCCUAAAGAUUGGACCCAAGAUCCUAGACCACGUAUCUACAUCCCUCGUGGCUGUCCGGAGCAGUUUGAAUACUAUACUCACGUGGCAAAAGACCGUCCUGAGUUGAGGUUGGACGUCCGAUGGCUCCCCGAAGGCCCAAUCACUGCGCAAUAUGUCCGGAGCCUGAAUGAUUCUCCAGGUAUCCUAGCACUUGCGAUGAAGAAGACCAUGAUCAACGGCAAAGAAACACUCAAAGGAGAGCCAUUCAUUGUCCCGGGCGGUCGCUUCAACGAGCUUUACGGUUGGGACAGCUACAUGGAGUCCAUCGGUCUCAUUGAGAAUGGCAAAAUAGACAUCGCCAAGUCUAUGGUCAUCAACUUUGCCUUUUGUAUCCAACAUUAUGGAAAGAUCUUGAAUGCCAACCGGUCGUAUUAUCUGACUCGAUCUCAGCCACCCUUUUUGACAGACAUGGCGCUGAAGGUCUACGACAAGAUCAAAUCAGAACACGGUGCCGAGGAAUUCUUGAAACUGGCCAUUCGAGCAGCUAUCAAGGAAUACUACAGCGUCUGGAUGUCGGCACCUCGUCUUGAUCCUGCAACAGGGCUAUCGCGCUACCGCCCCGACGGUCUGGGGGUUCCUCCGGAGACCGAGGCAUCCCACUUUGUGCAUAUCCUCACCCCGUAUGCUAAGAAGCAUGGCAUGACAUUCGAGGAAUUUGUCAAGGCAUACAACGAGGAGCAAGUACAUGAGCCUGAGCUUGAUGAGUACUUCCUUCAUGAUCGUGCCGUUCGAGAGUCUGGCCAUGACACGUCCUACCGUCUUGAAGGUUGUGCAGCCAACUUAGCCACGGUUGAUCUGAACUCCUUGCUCUACAAGUAUGAGUGCGACAUCGCUUGGUGCAUUCGAAAGCAUUUUCAAAAUAAGCUGAGUAUGCCUGAGGAGUUCCGAUGCGAGGCCAAUAAGAACGACACCGUGGAGACUUCUGCCACCUGGGAGCGUCGUGCUAAAUUGCGCCGGGCUCGAAUGGACAAAUACUUCUGGAACGAAGCCAAGGGAAUGUACUUUGACUAUGAUACUGUCAACAAGAAGCGCACCGACUACGAAAGCGCGACGACAUUCUGGGCCAUGUGGGCAGUAUGUGCAUCACCACGACAAGCCGCUGCCUUGGUUCUGAAUGCACUUCCCAAAUUUGAUUGCUUUGGAGGGUUGGUUUCCGGCACAGAGGCUUCUCGCGGCGAAGUCGGACUUGAUCGUCCCAAUCGCCAAUGGGACUAUCCCUUCGGUUGGGCUCCUCAGCAGAUUCUGGCAUGGGGUGGCUUGAUCAAAUAUGGAUACAUUGAGGAGGCACAGCGACUGGCGUACAAAUGGUUGUACAUGGUGACCAAAGCAUUUGUUGACUUCAACGGUGUGGUCGUAGAGAAGUACAACGUGACUCGUGAGCUCGAUCCACACAAAGUUGAGGCAGAAUAUGGUAACCAAGGCGCCGACUUCAAAGGUGUGCCCAGGGAAGGCUUCGGUUGGGUCAAUGCCAGCUAUGUAUACGGACUAUCGUUUAUCCCGAUGCAUAUGAAACGAGCCCUGGGUACUCUAACUCCGUGGGAAACAUUUGCCAAAGCCACACAGAUCGACCUCGGCGAUUUGAACGAUAUGAUUCAGGAGGGCUCCGAUGAGUCAAGACCUGAUUCCGCAGAUGAGGCUGACCUGGCCAUACUUUCCGGAUCCGAGCAGGGUGCAUGAUGGUGGCUGGUCGGGAGGAUCCGGAAGUAUUGCCACGGGUAUGGCUGAUGUGAUACGCAGUAUCCUUUUUAGGUGCAUUAUUCUUUGCGAAAGUUCCAGGACAGUAGAUUACCGACAUCGAAGGGCCCAGAUGCAAUUAUGGGUGGCGUUGCGGAUUUCUACUUCAGCAUUUCGAGGCCACCGAGUCUCAAUGCAAUGAUGGGCCGGUGUUGGGGGGUAUGUUGUGGCUACGUGCGGUGUGUGUGAAGUACCUUGGCCAUGUUUCCAGAGCACUCUAUGUAUAUAUUGCUAGCGUUCUUGCGAGCAAUCAUUAUCACCAUCAUCACCAUCAUCACCAUCAUCACCAUCAUC